AUGAGGUUGCAGCUCAUCUUUAGCCUCGUGCUGACCUUCAUCUGCUCUCUGGCCUUGGCCGCCGACCAAGAGCGCAAUGUCGACAUCUUCGCCUGGCCUUUGUCCGCCUCGAAACCGCAAACCCUCGCCAAGGUCUCCUUCACCGCACACAAUGCCUCGAUCAAGAGCUUCAACUCACCAUCCAUUCCGGGAACUGACGACAUCGUGAGAGUCGGCUUCUACCACCCUUCUGGAUCGUGGAGUGGCAUCGCGACCGCCGCGUCGAACUUUGCGACGGAGAAGAGCAAGAAGCUGCAGCUACACGUGAAGGGAAAUGGGGAGUUGUACCAGGUCGGAUUCAAGGCAGGUGACGAGACACCAAAGACGAAGGGCUCAAAGGCAAAGGAGAACCUUCUGGUGGAGGUUGUCAAGAUAAAGCCUGGUCCAGUACCACAGCUGAACAAGCCCGUGGUGGUGAACGAAGAUGGCACUACGGGCGACAAGGAGCCUGAGAAGACGUUCUUGCAGAAGUACUGGUGGGCUAUUGGUCUUUUCCUGCUUCUACAAGUCGUGAUAGGCGGAGGUGGUAAGGAAUAA